AGAAAGGUUGCACUGAAACAGUUACACAGCUUCAAAGGAAAAUGAUACUCUCUUUAAGGCAACUUUUCCGUGAUACAAAGGAUAGGGGUGAACAGAGAACAAUGGACACCCCCUCACCAGAAGUUAUCCUGGAAAAUAUUGAGAUUUUUAUGAGGCAGUGGAGCAAAGCUGAAAUAGAUUCCAUUCCAUUGUUGUCAUCUAGUGCAGUAAAAGAGAUUAAUAACCUGAAACAUCAUGUCAUCAAAGGCUGUUUGUCUGGAAUACCACCAUCAGGAGGGACAAAUAGAAAUGAAGCAAUACACAAAAGUUUAAACAAGUCUCUAAAACGGUCCAGGAUCGGCCUAGAAUUGGCUCUUGCAUUUCUGGGGUUAUUCUUUUACAAAUGGAAUGAAAAGAAAAUAUCUUGCAAGCUUACCAACAAGAGGAAAAAAGUUAGCUAUAUUCAACCUGUGGAAACUUACAAUGUGAUGACUGAGGAUUCCACAACUGAUGAGCAGUUUGGUGGCUCUCUAACUAUUCAGGAGAAUGCAGAAGCAGCAGACUGUGAGUUUGGGGAAAACUUGUCAGACAUUGAUGAAGCUAUUGAUUGUAUUAACUAUUUACUAGAAGAACAUUCAGAUACAUCAAGUGAUGAUGACAAUCUCUUAUUGGAUGACCAGAAUUGUGACAUAAGUGAUGAUGAGGACUGUGUUAAUUUUCUCAACAAUGCAGAAAUUGCCAAUGUUAUUCAGCAAGCAUCAAACUUUAGUUUUUUAAGUAAACACCUGGAAGAUAUCAAGGGUGAGGCAUCUAUUUCACGAAGUGCUAAUGAUCUGAUAAACCUUAAAAAUGUUCUUUGUCUCUUAUCUACUGUUACAAGUAAUGCUCAGUAUAAUGGAACAGAUCUUGAUGCAUUUCUUCUUUUAAACAAUUUGCAACGAAUCAAAAUUCCUGGAGAUGGAAAUUGUUUUUUUGUGUCUUUAGCAAUUAUGAUACAGCAGCAGUUGGCAAAAGGCACUUUAAGUGCUGAGGCAAAGGCACAUAUGGAAAAUUUAGGGUUAAUGAAAGGUGCUCACACAGAUGUUAAACAAAUGGCUAUGGCACUACGACAAAUCAUUGUGAAAGAGUGGUUGGCCAAUCCCUCUUCCUAUGAGCCUUUCCUCACUUCAGAACAAGAUUAUGAAGUAGAAGCAAAUGCCUUUUUACAAGAUGGCCACUUUGCAUCAGAACUUGGAAAUUCUAUGCCUCUUGCUGCCUCCAAUGCAUUGCGCAUCUCAGUUGUGGUCUUCACAGCAAUGUUAAACUUCCCAGUUUUGCCAAUUUGCCCAAGAGAUAGGACUCUAAGUGACAAUCCAAUAUAUCUUGCUUAUGAAAUGCGCUUUGCUGGCCAUUAUGAUGGCAUUGAGCAGCAAAAUACUGUACAGCAAGAUGAGGAGCAGCAGAGAAGUGUACCUUCUUCUCAGUGUAGUAACCAGCAUCAAAUAACAUGCAGGUGUGGACAGGGAGCUAAAAAAAAAAAAACAGGAAGCAUUUCCUGUCAUGAAUAUAAGAGUGGCUGCAAGUGUUUUCAGAAAGUGAUGGGGUGUAGUGCAUACUGUCAGUGUAUAAACUGCAAUAAUCCUAGAGGCAAGAAGGUAUCAUCAGGCUCUGCAUCAAUUACAUGUUCAGCUCGAAAGCGGCGACAUCAUGACAGUUCAACAGAAGGGUUAAGUGGAAAAUCAUAUACGGAAUUCAAAGCAGGUGGAACAAUGACAGUACACUGGACACUCUUUGAGGAGCUUGUUUUGAUGGUGCUUGUAGUAGCUCUUUUAGCAAGUGACAAGCUUGAAACAGAGGUCCUUUACAAAGAGUAUAAUCAUGUAGUUGACACUGUUAGACCGACAGCUAUAAAACACUGUUUGGGCAAGAAAACAGAAAGACAAGUGGCUCAUAAGCUUUCAAAAUUGUUAAGUAGCCAAAAAGUGUUUGCGGCAUUGAUAAAGGAACAAAUUCGGCUUAAUUUGGGGGAGUGA